AUGAUGCAAGAACUAGGCUUAGAACGUUUCUCAAACGACGUCGUUCGCUUAGACCUCACUCCUCCUUCCCAAAGCUCAUCAACUUCUCUCUCCAUCGACGAAGAGGAAUCAUCGGAGGCCAAGAUCCGACGGCUUAUCUCUGAGCAUCCAGUGAUCAUCUUCAGCAGAUCUUCUUGUUGCAUGUGCCACGUCAUGAAAAGGCUCCUCGCAACAAUUGGUGUCAUCCCCACCGUCAUCGAGCUCGAUGAUCACGAGAUUUCCUCUCUUCCCACGGCUCUCGACGAAGAAUAUUCCGGCAGCAUCUCCGUAGUUGUUCCUCCGCCGGCUGUUUUCAUUGGCCGUGAGUGCGUCGGAGGUCUCGAGUCCCUCGUUGCUCUCCAUCUAAGUGGUCACCUUGUUCCUAAGCUUGUCCAAGUUGGAGCUCUUUGGGUAUGA